AUGAGAGAAACAAUGUCAUCAUCAUCAUCCAUUUGCCACAUGUUAAUGUCACUUCUUCUCUUUGUUUUUCUGCAAAAUACCCUUGCAAUAAAACAGUCUUAUAUUGUAUACUUAGGAUCACAUUCAUUCGGUUCAAAUCCUUCUUCAUUUGAUCUUGAAUCUGUCACAAACUCUCACUAUAAUUUUCUUGGAUCUUACGUUGGAAGUACUGAGAAGGCGAAAGAAGCAAUAUUUUAUUCUUACAAUAGAUAUAUCAACGGCUUUGCUGCAAUACUUGAUGAAGAUGAAGCAGCCAAUGUUGCAAAACAUCCAAAUGUUGUGUCAAUGUUUUUGAAUAAAAGAAAUGAACUACACACAACCCGAUCGUGGGAAUUUCUUGGAUUAGAGAGGGAAGGUGCAUAUCGUAAUGAUUCACUUUGGAAAACAACAUUAGGAGAAGAUAUUAUUAUUGGAAAUUUGGACACAGGUGUUUGGCCAGAAUCCAAGAGUUUUAGUGAUGAAGGGUACGGACCAAUUCCAAAAAAGUGGAAAGGAAUAUGUCAAGUUACCAAAGAAAAUUCAGAUAAAUUUUAUUGCAAUAGGAAGCUUAUUGGAGCAAGAUAUUUUAAAAAUGGCUAUCUUGCUGAAACCAAUGGAGCAUCAAAUGUAACACUUGACAGUGCACGGGAUACUCAAGGCCAUGGCACACAUACCUUAUCAACUGCUGGAGGUAACUUUGUUGUUGGAGUUAAUGUACUGGGGAAUGGAAAUGGAACAGCGAGCGGUGGAUCACCAAAAGCAAGAGUUGCAGCCUAUAAAGUCUGUUGGGAUGGAUGUUAUGAUGCUGAUAUUUUGGCUGGUUUUGAAGCUGCCAUAAGUGACGGUGUUGAUGUACUCUCUCUGUCCUUGGGUGGAAGUGCUCCAUAUGAGUAUUCUACAAGUGUUUUUUCCAUUGGUUCCUUCCAUGCAAUUGCUAAUAACAUCUUUGUUGUGGCUUCUGGAGGAAAUUCAGGACCUCAACCCUAUUCUAUAGUCAAUGUUGAACCAUGGAUUCUCACCGUUGCUGCUAGCACAAUCGAUAGAGACUUCGCAAGUUAUGUUAUACUUGGGAACAAAAAAACAUACAAGGGAGUUAGUCUUUCAGAAUCCAACUUACCCCCUAACAAAUUAUAUCCAUUGAUAAGUGGUGCAGAUGCCAAAUUUGAUAAAGGGCUUAACAUCGAUACCUCUCUUUGCCCUGAAGAUUCUCUUGAUCCAGAAAAGGUUAAAGGAAAAAUAUUGGUAUGUCUUCGAGGUGAGACUGCUAGAGUUGACAAGGGCGUGCAAGCUUCUCGUGUAGGUGCUAUUGGAAUGAUAUUGGUUAACGAUGAGGCUUCUGCGAAUGGAGUUAUAGCAGAUGCUCAUGUUCUUCCCGCUACAAAUGUUGGCUUUUCAGAUGGCAAUGCCAUUUAUAUUUACAUGAAUUACACAAAGUCUCCUGUAGCUUAUAUUACUAAAGUUAAAACAGAAUUGGGUAUAAAGUCAACUCCAACCAUAGCUUCAUUUUCAUCAAGAGGCCCAAAUAGCAUUGACUAUUCAAUCCUUAAGCCUGACAUCACUGCACCAGGCGUCGACAUAAUUGCAGCGUAUAGUCUAGCUGCAUCUCCUACGGAACAACCAUCUGAUAAGCGUAGAAUUCCUUUUGUCGCUAUGUCAGGAACUUCAAUGUCAUGUCCACAUGUUGCCGGACUUGUUGGACUACUUAAAUCUGUUCAUCCUGAUUGGAGUCCAGCGGCUAUCAAGUCAGCAAUCAUGACUACAGCAACAACAAAAUCCAACGACGGAGGACCUAUAUUAGAUUCAUCGCGACGCAAGCUGCCAGCUGAUCCCUUAGCAUAUGGUGCAUUUACAUAUGGUGCAGGGCAUGUACGGCCCAAUCUUGCUGUGGAUCCUGGACUUAUAUAUGACCUAAAUGUUACUGAUUAUUUGAACUACUUAUGUGGUCGUGGAUACAAUAGUUCUCAACUUAAAGUGUUCUACGGAAAACCGUACACUUGUCCAAAAUCUUUCAGUUUAGUAGAUUUCAAUUAUCCAUCCAUCACAGUUGUUAACUUUAAAACUAAGCGGUCUUUGAAUGUUACUCGUACGGUUACCAAUGUCGGGUCCCCAAGUGAGUACAGAGUGGAGAUCCAGGCACCUUCACAAUUUGUAGUCACAGUUCAGCCCGAGAUAUUAAGAUUUACACAUAAGGGUGAGAAAAAAGAGUUCAAGGUUACAUUGACUAUGAAGCCCGGGAGUAAAUAUCCUCCCUUUUAUUAUGCCUUUGGGGAGUUGAUUUGGACCGAUGGAAAACAUCGUGUUGUGAGUCCUCUUUCAAUCAAAUAUCCAGAAGAGUGAUGUUUUAGUUUAUGUUUCAUGCAUUUUGCUUGAGUUGUGACUCUUUUUCUCCCGAUUUCAAUAAAGGGACAUGUUGUGUUAAGGUUCUU